AGUCUCGAAAGCAUACCUGCUACACACAGUAAACAUACUUCCUAUUUCAUGAUAUCCCAAGAUAUCAGAGGCGGUGUUCAUUGCAGCACACUCACGCACACAUCCACCUUUCCCAGCAGAAGAGCGGGCUGCAGCUCCAUCACCAUGUCGUCACUCUCGGAAGAGGAACACAGGGUUUGCUGCGAAGAAAUCAGCGGAACGCGCUACUUGAAACAAAUGGUCGGCCGUGAAUGACAGGAUACAUGGAGAUAACAGAAGCCCGCGCCUGUGUGAAACCUGUGCGAGGGAAACCCUCGGGAGGUCCCAGGAGAAGAUGGAGGCAUUCUGGAGGAGAAAACCUAAUGUUGAGAAGGAACGUCGUGUGAAAGCCAACACAAGGGACUACAAUGACAAGUUUUCUUAUGCCGAUAAUCACAUCAAAACCUCAAAGUACAGCAUCCUCACCUUCCUGCCCAUCAACUUGUUUGAGCAGUUCCAGAGGGUGGCAAAUGCUUACUUCUCAGUGCUCUUAAUACUGCAGUUAAUUCCAGAAAUAUCCUCCCUCUCCUGGUUCACUACCAUCGUGCCUUUGGUUUUUGUGCUGGUAAUCACGGCUGUUAAGGAUGCCACAGAUGACUACUUCCGACACAAGAGCGACCAGCAAGUCAACAACCGCCAGUCACAGGUUCUGAUCAGAGGAAGUUUGCAGAAUGAAAAAUGGAUGAAUGUUCACGUAGGGGAUAUCAUCAAAUUAGAGAAUAAUCAGUUUGUUGCUGCAGACAUCCUCCUUCUCUGUAGCAGUGAGCCUUAUGGUCUGUGCUAUGUUGAGACUGCAGAGCUAGAUGGCGAGACCAAUCUAAAAGUCCGUCAGGCUUUGACUGUCACCUCAGAUUUGGGAGAUGUUUCAAAACUGAUGGACUUUGAUGGAGAAGUCAUUUGUGAGCCUCCAAACAACAAGCUAGAUAGGUUUACUGGAACAUUAUACUGGAAAGGCAAUAAAUAUCCCCUGGAUAAUGAAAAAAUGCUUCUGCGCGGUUGUGUACUCAGAAACACUGAGUGGUGCUUUGGAAUGGUCAUCUUUGCUGGGUCACAAACCAAACUGAUGCAGAACUGUGGAAGGACUAAACUGAAAAGGACCAGUAUUGACAAACUGAUGAACACGCUGGUCUUGUGGAUAUUUGCCUUCCUCAUAUGUAUGGGGGUUAUUCUGGCAAUUGGGCACACUAUUUGGGAGACGUAUGUUGGCAAAAAUUUCAGAGUGUUUUUGCCGUGGGACAAGUUUCAGAUUAGCGCUGGUUUCUCUGGCUUCCUCACCUUCUGGUCCUACAUCAUCAUCCUCAACACUGUUGUGCCCAUUUCACUAUAUGUCAGUGUGGAAGUCCUGCGACUCGGUCACAGUUUCUUCAUUAACUGGGACCGGAAGAUGUACUACAGCCCGGUGGGCACUGCAGCUGAAGCUCGCACAACCACCUUGAGUGAGGAGCUGGGCCAAGUGGAGUUCAUCUUCUCUGACAAGACAGGCACCCUCACCCAGAACAUCAUGAUCUUCAGCAAAUGCUCCAUUAAUGGACAAACAUAUGGUGACGUCUAUGAUGAAUUUGACCAGAAGGUGGAAAUUACUGAGAAAACUGCCUGUGUGGACUUUUCCUUCAACCCUCUCUGCGACCGAAGGUUCAGAUUUUAUGACAGCAGCCUGAUUGAAGCCAUUAAAAUGGAGGAUCCUGCAGUGCAGGAGUUUUUCAGGCUGCUGGCUUUGUGCCACACUGUCAUGCCAGAGGAGAAAAGUGAAGGAAAUUUGGCAUACCAGGCCCAGUCACCUGAUGAGGGAGCGCUGGUCACUGCAGCACGAAACUUUGGGUUUGUCUUCCGGGCGCGAACCCCAGAAACCGUCACACUGUGUGAGAUGGGACGAACUGUCACCUACCAACUUCUGGCCAUACUGGACUUCAACAACGUGCGCAAGAGAAUGAGUGUCAUUGUGAGAAACCCAGAGGGCCAGAUUAAACUCUACUCCAAAGGCGCUGACACAAUUAUUUUUGACCUCUUGGAUCCAUCCAGUGAAACUCUUAUGUGCACUACCUCAGAACACCUCAGUGAAUUUGCUGGAGAAGGGCUUCGAACAUUAGCUCUGGCCUACAAAGACCUCGAUGAGGAUUAUUUCAAAGUUUGGAUGAAGAGGCUUCUCUUUGCCAGCACUGUAAUAGAUAAUCGCGAAGAGCAGGUUGCUCUCCUCUAUGAUGAGAUCGAGCAGGGCAUGAAGCUUCUAGGAGCCACAGCAAUUGAAGACAAACUUCAGGAAGGAGUUCCAGAGACUAUCGCCUGUCUAAAUCUGGCCGACAUCAAGAUCUGGGUCCUCACAGGAGAUAAACUAGAGACAGCAAUGAACAUUGGCUACUCCUGCAACAUGCUGCGAGAUGACAUGAAUGAGGUGUUUGUCAUCUCUGGCAACACACUGCAGGAGGUGCAGCAGCAGCUCAGGAGUGCCAAACAGCACAUCCUCGGCCUGAGUCGCGUGAGCAGUGCAGGAGAUGCUGAGAAGACAGCUACGUUUGCAGAUGAUUCUGUGUUCGAAGAAGCUAUAAUUGCAGAGUAUGCUUUAGUUAUCAAUGGACACAGUCUGGCUCACGCUCUGGAGCCACAGCUGGAGCACAUCCUGCUGGAUUUGGCCUGUUUGUGUAAAACAGUCAUCUGCUGCCGAGUCACUCCAAUGCAGAAAGCUCAGGUGGUGGAGCUGGUGAAGAGGCACAAGAGAGCCGUCACACUGGCCAUAGGAGACGGAGCCAAUGAUGUCAGCAUGAUCAAGACUGCUCACAUCGGUGUUGGCAUCAGCGGACAGGAGGGGAUGCAGGCUGUUCUGGCAUCGGAUUACUCCUUCGCUCAGUUCCGGUACCUGCGGAGGCUCUUGCUGGUUCAUGGACGCUGGUCUUACUUCCGCAUGUGUAACUUUCUGGGAUAUUUCUUCUACAAGAACUUUGCCUUUACUCUGGUACACUUCUGGUACGGUUUCUUCUGUGGGUUCUCAGCACAGACUGUGUACGACCAGUGGUUCAUCACCCUCUUCAACAUUGUCUACACAUCAUUGCCAGUAUUGGCAUUGGGACUUUUUGAUCAGGACGUCAAUGACCAGAACAGCCUUCGCUACCCAACUCUGUACAAACCUGGCCAGCAAAACCUUCUCUUCAACAAGCGUCGGUUUUUUCUGUGCACGCUGCAGGGGAUGGCCACGUCAUUCCUGCUUUUCUUUAUUCCCUACGGGGCUUUCCCUCUCAUGGUGAAAGAAGACGGCUCCCCCUUUUCAGACCAACAGGCAUUUGCCGUCACCAUAGCAACGUCCUUGGUCAUCGUCGUAAGCGUUCAGAUUGGACUUGACACACACUACUGGACUGCAGUCAAUCACCUCUUCAUAUGGGGGAGUCUGAUGGUGUACUUUGCCAUAUUAUUUGCAAUGCAAAGUGACGGCUUAUUUGGCAUUUUUCCAAGCAGUUUCUCAUUUAUUGGCACGGCCCGUAACUGUCUGUCAGAGAAGAGUGUGUGGCUGGUUAUUCUGCUCACCACCGUGGUGUGUGUCGUACCCGGCUUAGUUGUCAGGUUCCUCAGGGUGGACCUCGCUCCAACUUUAACAGAUAAGAUUCGUCGUCUCCAGCAGUCCAGGAAGAAGCAGGGACCUCAGGAACAGAGCCUGAGGCGAGUACGCAGGACAAGCUCCCGCCGCUCUGCCUAUGCCUUCUCCCACCAACAGGGCUACGGAGAGCUGAUUACCUCAGGCAAAAACAUGAGGACGAGCAUAGCCUCUCCAGUUUGCUCCCCUGGAAGAACAGCGCACGGCUCCAGCUGGAUCGAAAACAUGUUGAAGAGAAAGAAUGAAGUUUCGUGUGCCCCAAAUGAACGUGAAGGUGGGGCGCCAGAAAGCAGCACCAGAGCAAUACAGACUCCAAAGCAGAAAACACACACAGACUGAACUCGACCUCUAAGAAACUGCAUACAGUAAAGGGUACCAUAUGCAUGGAUCCCGCAGACCAAGCACAAGCUAAGAGUGUCCUUCUUUUGGGUGAAUCUUUGCUCAAAUCAGCAACACAAGUGUACCUCGUUUUUGUUUUUUAUUAGUGUGAGUCAUGUGGGCGCUGAAUAUUAAAGGCCAAUCAAAACAGUUAUCUGAGGGAACCAAUUCAAAAACAAGCAAGCAAACAAUCAAAUUGGCAACAGCAUUUAGGUUUCAUUUCAAGACAAUAUGCAUGAAUUGCUAAGGUUAAAGAAGCAGUUAUAGUUGCUCAGAAAAUAAUCCAGUUUGAUCUUGAGUUGGUGCAUUAGUUUUGUAUCAUUAUAAUGGCAUGGUCUUUUCUGAUUAAUAAAAACAUUUCAGUAGUUUUAGCUGUUACAAAACAAAACUUUGUGUAAUAAAUAUAUUACCAGUUCCAAAAAAGCUGGGGUCCUGAGUUAAGAGUAAUAAAAACAGAAUGCAGUGAUUUGCAAAUCUCAUAAACCCAUAUUUUACUCAGAACAUAGGAAACAUACCAUUAUAAUAAAAAAAAAAACAAGAUCAUUUUGAAUUUUAAUUCCAUGACGCAUCAAAUGUUUUCAACUGCUGAAAGGUCUGGACUGCAGGCAUGCCAGUUUAGCACCUGGAUUCUUCUACUAUGAAGCGAUGCUGCUGUAAUAGCUGCAGUGUGUGGUUUAGCAUCGUCUUGCUGAAAUAGCCGAGGCCUUUCCGUCCGGAUGGGAGCAUAUGUUGCUGUAAAAUGUAUAAACCUUCCAGUAUUGAUGGUGUCUUUCCAGAUGUGCACGCUGCCAGUUCCAUUGGCACUGAUGCACUCCCGUACCAUCAGAGAUGCAGGCUUUUUAACCGAGUGUUGACAACUUGUUGGAUGGUCCCUCUCCUCUUAUUCUCUGACUCUUUUAAUAUUAUUUACUGUAGAUGAUGAGAUAUAAGUAUUAUAUAAGUCUUUGCAGUUUUACAUUGAGGAAAAUUAUUCUGAAAUUGUUCCACGAUUUGUAGGUUACAUUUUUGCAGACUAGUGAAACUCUGCCUCUCUGAGAUGCUCUUUUUAUACCUAGAUCUGUUGAUCUGUAAACCCUAAUUAGUUGGAAAAUGUUCCUCAAGCUGUUCAUUUUUUUUUAGGUUUCCAGGUUUUUAUUGCCCUGGUCCCAACUUUUUUGAAACAUGUUGCUGUCAUCAAAAUUUAAGUGAGAUCAUAUUUUCCAUGAAAUGGUAAAAUACCUCUGUUUGUAUUUGUUUGUGAGACUUGAAAAAUCAUUGCAUUCUGUUUUUAUUCACAUCUUAAACAGCAUUCCAACUUUUUUGGAAUUAGUGUUUAUUAGUGUAAAUUACAAAAGGAAAGAAGAUUGUUAACAAGUACAAAAAGCACCAUCUUUGAAAACUAUGCACUGAAACAUUUUCUUCUUAAUCUACAUCCAAAGUGCUAAAAACACAAGUAUUGUAAAUACUGAAGUGAUGCUGCUGAAUAUGACGGUAAGCACAAUUAAUUACUAAUUUCAAGCUUUUAAUGCAUUUUACUGUCACAUUUGCAAUGCAGCUGAAAUAUGGAAUGUGUAAUGCUCUGAGAUCCAUUACCCUGUGCUGUGCCUUUGAUAAUUUCUGUUAAAGACGGCCGUCCUCUGUUUAGUAUUUCAUCACUGUUUUGGUCUGAGUGUAUUUAAGGACAAAGAAAAACUGUAACGCAUGUUUUGAGUAAGACAAACCCGAUUUAAAAAAAAAAAAAAGAAAGAUAGAAGGUAAACACAAAUAUUAUUUAAACCACCAUUUUUUUAAAGCAGACAUUUGUUCACAACAAGAGACGAGAAAGAGGCCAGGUAAGAUAUGAUGUGAUAAAGGUUUAUGAACAUAUUUGAAUGUAGAAUGUCAUGAAUUGAUUCAUAUGGAAAAGAAAUAUCUAAGAUAUUCCCCGCAGUAGUAAACACUCACAUAGAAGUUGGUCCCUUUAGAGGUCACCACAGCGGAUCAUCUGCCUCCAUCCCACCCUAUUCCUAGUAUCCUCCUCUGCCACACCAACCUCUGCAUGUUUUCCUUCACUAAAUGUACCUCUUUUCAUCCUGCCUGGCAGCUCCAUGUUCAACAUAGUUUGUCCAUAAUAUCCACACGCCCUUCUCUGCACAUGCCCAAACCAUCUCAGCCUUGCCUCUCUCACAUGGAAGGGUUAUUCAUCCAUAAUUUACUCAGGAAAGUGGCAACCUUUCACAUUUUAAUCAUUUACUUGAUUCAUACUUAACUCUUAUUACCAUGUUAUAUGAAUAAUAUUUGAAAUAGGCUACUUUCAUAUCAUAAAAACUAUUAAAAAUACUUUUUUCUA